GAUGUCGCACAUGUCUGAUGCCUUGCCGGAAUCACUUCCCCUAGUAAGAUGGCGGCGGAGGUUGGACGUUGUGGCAUCACUUCCUCUAGAAAUAUGGCUGCGUUUGGUGCCCAUGGCAGCCUGGAAGAGACUGUGGUGAGCGCCGAGGAGUUGUGUGAAUACGUUCAGGUCGUUGUGGAGGACUCCGAGGAAGUCAUUGUGGAGCAGGGGGCAGCCGCCAAUGUCUCUACCCUGGUGCCGAGCGAGGCUGUCAGCGAGGAGGUCAUCCGAAGCCUCAGGGAGUCCAACAUGGUGUACUACAUGCAGUCGGACGGGACCCUGGUGCAGGGGGGAGAGCUGGGGCAGCAGGUGCACGAGGUGACAUGGCUUCAGCACCCCAGCACUCAGGAGAGCUCCCCGGAGCAGGCGGCAGUCAGUGUGGGCCACCCGCCACCCCAAGCAAUGGUGAAGACGGCGACCCAGCAGCUGCUGACUGCGGCCCAACACGUGGCCCUGCAACAGGGGAAUGUCACCCCGGUCACCAGGCUUGUCAGCCCCAAGGGUUUAAAAACCUUUCGCAUUGAGGUUCCAGGACUACAGCUAAACGAGGACAAGACUCAAGGGCUCGGUCUUCUUCAUGGUGCCCAGAAGCCCGCAGUCCAAAGCAAGAUCGGUUCAGGAAGCCCUAGUCCCGCUGGGGCUCAGAUCAUACGUAUCAAGCCUCAGUCCGUACAGCGGCAGUUCCUCCUGCAAAGUUCUGAAUCUGUAAGCCCCGCUCAAGUUAUUGUGAAGAAACCGUCUUUGUCGUUGGAAAAAGUAGUAACCGGGGUGAGCUCUUUGAAAACCGUAUAUCCCACCGAUCUAGUGCGUAAGCAGGCAUACGGUGCUUCGCUGAAGAAGACUCAUCCGGUGGCCAGAGCUGAAGCCUCUUCCGCUCCUAAUAAAUCUUCCAAAAAGGAGCAAAAGACCAAAAGGUCUGUAAAGGUAAAAACUCGCUCCGGUCGAAUUUCUCGUCCACCGAUGCACAAAGUGAAGGACUACAAAUUUAUCAAGAUGGGAGACUUGGCUUACAGCCAUCCAUCAGAUUCUGAUGACUACGCUGAGCUGAGUGCCGAUGAAGAGGAAGAUUGGGCCAAGGGUAGUUCGCUGGCUGUCCCUCAGAGUUACACCGUAAAGCAUACAUUGUUUCAGUGUGACACCUGUGAGAAAUCCUAUAUGGGAAAAGGAGGGUUGUUGCGUCACUAUCGGCUUCAUCCUGGCCAUGGGCAACUGGCUCUGUCUGACUACAAAGAGGCUACCAAAGCCGGUGGUGCGCUCAGAUCUACAGCAGAGCCCGUAACCAGCGAGCAGCAGAGAGCUGCAAGUGGGGCAGAGCAGAGGCUGUGCGGCGAUUCUCAGGAUCCCAGUGGAAGCAGCCUGUCUUCCACGGUGCAAGCAACGGCCGAGCGCAAGAACCAGAAAGGAACCAGACGUGGAAGACCACGAGGUACCGGAAGGCGGUUUGGACGCCCUCGAAAAACCCUGGCCGGUGGAUCAGCUGACCCGAAGACUCUGAAUAAAGCCAGGUUGAAAGAGUUGCUCCAGCUGUGUGAUAAAGAGGAUUUGAAAGAACUGGUUCUCCCGUGUCUCACAAAGCUGAUCACAGUGUAUGAGUUCUUACUGUUAAAGGUCGAGCAAGAUUAUCCACAGAAGCCACGCUUUCCUUCCGUGUAUAAAGAGUUUGAGCGUUUGCACUCCAGCGUGAAGAUCCUGGCCCAGGACUAUUUCAGGAUUCAGUCUGUGAACGCUGAAAAGAUUCUUGCCGUCAAUGACCACAAGGUCGCAGUAUCUCUGGGCGUUUCAGAAGAGAUGAUUGGAAAAGAUAAUUCUGCCGUCUGCUCUUCACCGGCUACAAAUGAGCAGGAAGUUAAUGUAAACGUGAAGGCGAAACGUAAGCAUGAGUGUUCAGAAGAAGAGCUGCCGCCAUUGAAAAAACAAAGGCAAGAGGUCUCUGACAGUGUGUGCUGCGAUCAGAACGGGAAUAACGUCCCCCCUGUAACAUGUGAAGAAAAAAGACUAAAUGAAGGUCUAGGAUGCCAAGUCGAUAAUCUGUACAUGCCGGGAGGUGACGUUGUUGCGAUUAAUACUUCUCCAGUGACCACCGGGGGCCUUACAGGGGAAUUUUCCCAGUCUGAAGCGCAUCUCCCCAGCACAGCUAUUGAAAGCGGUUCUGAAUUGAUUCCUUAUGAAAUGGACACAGGGUUAUCCACGGCAUCGCAAUCUCUUUCGGACGCGCAGCCGGCGGCAUCAUCCGGCCAUUCGCAGACCGGUCCCGAAGGGUCCCUCACUGAGAAGUCUCAUUACGAAGGCCAGUUUUCUCUCGAGGAUGUGAAAAUGUCUGCAGAUAACUCAGAAGAUGUCGGCUGCUUAUUUUUUUCUUGCAUAACAGAGACUUCGGCCCUUGAUCAGAACGGCACAUCUGCUACACACGAGGUAUCCUUUGAUGAUGGUGGCCACCUUGGCUCGCUGGACUCGCAUAGCACCGAGCCAAGGAGUACAAAUGGAAAUAAAAGCGAGGUGAUUGAUCCCGUGGACACGGCUUGCGCAGACGUUUCUCAAGCUCCUUCCCCGCAUUGCAGUUCGUUUCCAACUCAGGCUUCCUCCCCGGAUGGGAAAUGCGAUGCGUUAAAUGAUCAGAGCACCGCGUCGCAUGGCGUAAACAGCGAGGAUACCUUGGUCUUAAUACAGAGUCCAGGAGGAAUGGUUUCUGAAGACACCCCAUCUCUCCUGCUAAAAAGUACAGAUGCGUCAGGGCUGCAGUUUGAAAUCAUGGAAGCGCUUUUCCAGAUUUAA